CUUGAAUCGACAUUCCAUUUGCCUAUCCUAGACAUAUCAACUGAAUUGUGGAUUGUCUUAUCUUAGUUACACAAUGGCACUUUUGGAAUCAGAAAUACCAGACACAGCCCAGCAUUAUUUGGUGUGUGGCAUCGGUGACUGUGAGAGGAACUGUCUGUUUUACUGCAAUCCUUGUCACCAACCCAUGUGUGAACAAUGCAAGGACAAACAUCAGAAGAGUCCAGAAACCAAGAACCAUGAAGUUGUUCCUUACCGGGACCGCAAACAUAAACUUCCAAUGGAGAAAUGCAGGGAUCACCCCACUAGAAAUAUAGACAUUCUCUGUGACGAAUGCAACGUCCCUUUAUGCUCCAAGUGUUCUACAAUGCCUGCACACAAGGGCCAUUCUUUUACCGACUUGGAGACAAUUUAUACAGAAAAAUCUAUAGCAUGUCGUCAGGAAGUCCAAAAUAUUCAAGCAUACUUCAUGCCAACGGCAAAAGAUUUGCAAAGUAAAAUAAAACUUGAUGCCACAGAAAUAAAGACAAUCAUGGAUGGCAUACGAUCUUCCAUGAGGGAUGAAGCCAAGUCUCUAAAAACACUGGUAGAUGAAGUGACUUCAGAUAACAUAGAACAACUCAACAAAAUGGAAGAGUCACUAAGGGAUAUACUUCAGAAUCAAGAAAAAACAUACCAAGAAUACAUUUCUUAUCUUGAGGACCUUGUCAAAAAGUUCCAUGACUACCUGUCCUCUACUCAACUUCAAAAUAAUCCCAUCAUUUCCCCACUUUCUGAACACUUUAAAAUCCGACCCAUACCAGAGACCACCAAACCAGUCCCUCCAGAAUUUACUGCUGGCCGUUAUACUAAGGGGGAUGUUGCCAAACUAAUGGGUAGAAUAACAAUUCUUGAUACUAAAGCAGAAAACAGAAAAAUUAAACCCACGGAAACUUCCUCUACACAGUUGCAACCUACGGGGAAACAUUGGAAACAGGAAAGAGAGAAAUCUGACGUGAAACAAACACUGUCUCUGUCUUCAUCUGUCACCAAGGUCAGGGAGUACACAGUACCAGGUGUUGAUCGUGUAUUUCAUGUAUCACUGGGUAGAUCAGGCAGACUCUGGGUUAGUGAUGAUGAUGGCAACCUUGUCCAAACAGAUCUACAGGGGAAUCACAUCUUGAAUAUACAAACCAAAGGUUACAGAAAUGAAGGCUACCAUACAGUCACAAAAGACGGGGAUCUGAUCUAUACAGACAAACACAACAAUAUCAUCAACAGGAUAACACUGGAUAAUACAAUCACUGAAAUCAUUAAAACGGGAGACUGGACACCGAUCAGUAUACACUCUUCUCACAUCAACGAGGACAUACUGGUGGGGAUGGAUACAGAUAAAGAGGCUAAAGUCACCAGGUACAACAAGACAGGGAAAGAAAUACAGAACAUACAGAGAGACAACAAAGGACAGGAACUGUUUGAAGGUCCACUUUACAUUACAGAAAACAUUAAUGGUGAUAUCUGUACAUCAGAUAUAUACAGAGAUUCUGUAGUGGUGGUGAAUAAAUCAGGACAACACAGGUUCUCCUAUACCGGUCAGGGGUCAAAGUUUUAUCCCAAGGGAGUGUGUACUGAUCCCCUUCGUCACAUCCUGGUGUGUGAUUAUUACAGUCACACAGUUCAUCUCCUGGAUCAGGACGGUCAGUUCUUGUGUCUACUACUCGCACACCAAGUUGAAAGGCGUCCCAGUAGUCUGUGUGUGGAUGACGAGAACAAUCUUAUUGUGGGACAAUAUGGCACCAACACGGUGACAGUGUACAAGUAUCUACAGCGAUGAGGAAAUGUUACAUUUACAACAUGAUGAUAUUGUUUACAUAAAUAAUUAAACUAUUAAGUCAUGAAAUGGAAUUAUAAGGCAUAUUUUAUGCAAAAAUAUCUGCACAAUCUAGUAUAUAAACAUUACUAAUAUCUUCAUUUUAUUAACAUUGAGCCCCUUCUAAGCCCCCAAAAAUACCCUGGGUGGGAUAUGUUUUGAACGAUUAAAAAUUGACACUUUAUCACAAUGUAUAUGACAUAAAUUAUAGUAUUGAAGUCAUUCAGAGGAAGAUCUUUUUUAAGGGUGUGUAAAAAUGGGCCCACACUGGCCUUGGGGGGGGGGGGGGGGGGCAGAGAUUGUCAUUAACUAAAUGUUUUGUAAAAAGAGACCUGCUGGCCUUAGAUAGUAAAUCUGUUUUGAUAUUCAGUUUCAUGAAUAAUGCACACAACAGGCAUACAUUGUAUUGCAACAGGGAAAAUGAAGUUAAAAAUUUCAAUUUGUUAAUGGACAACAAAUAAAUAGCAGA